AUGUCUCGCGCUCUCGGUCUCCUUGCUAUCGGCGCCGCUGUCAACGGCGUCCUCGCCUCCAUCCAGACUUGCAACAACAACAGCUCGAGCAUCAGCUGUAGCAGCGGCAGCAGUUCCGCCACUGGCUCCUGCUGCCUUGAGGCUCCUGGUGGUCUCUUGCUCCAGACCCAAUUCUGGGAUACCAACCCUGCCGUCGGCCCCUCCGACUCCUGGGGUAUCCACGGUCUCUGGCCCGACAACUGCGACGGCACAUACCAGUCAAACUGUGACUCGUCUCGUGCCUACAACGACAUCACCACCCUGCUCCAGAACGCCGGAAAGGGCGACCUGCUCACCUAUAUGAACAAGUACUGGCAGAGCAACGACGAGUCCCCCGAGGCCUUCUGGGAACACGAGUGGAGCACCCACGGCACUUGCAUCAACACCAUCGACCCCACGUGCUACUCCAACUACAAGACAGGUGACGAGGCCGUCGACUUCUUCCAGCGCGUCGUCACCCUAUUCAAGACCCUCGACACCUACACUGCUCUCAACGCUGCUGGCAUUACUCCCUCCUCCUCCAAGACCUACAGCCUGAGCGAUAUCGUGGCAGCUGCUGGCAAGAACCACAACGGAAAGGAGGUUUACUUCUCCUGCAAGAGCGGCGAACUUAAUGCUGCUUCUUACUACUUCAACCUCCGCGGUAACGCCAUCAACGGACAAUACGUUGCCGUCGACAGCCCUCAAAAGUCUAACUGCCCCUCGAGUGGCAUCAAGUAUCUGCCCAAGAGCGGCAACUAA